AUGUCGCGAAAAUAUGAUUCUCGAACGACAACAUUCUCCCCUGAAGGACGGUUGUAUCAAGUAGAGUAUGCAAUGGAGGCAAUUUCCCAUGCAGGUCUUACCCUCGGCAUCAUGGCCUCUGAUGGAAUUGCACUCGUCGCGGUGAGGAGAAAAAUUUCUGGCACUCUGGAGGAGCCCCAUCAGGUAGGCCACUUAGUUGCGGCCGUCGCUGGGCUCACCGCCGACGCCAAUAUUCUUGUCAAAGAGGCACGGUCUAAAAGUCUGGAAUAUUGGAGGAGCUUCUCUUCCAAUAUCCCAAUUGAGCUAUUGGUGCAGCGUAUUGGAAAUCUAAAGCAGGGGUUCACUCAAAUGGGCGGCCUGCGUCCCUUUGGCGUUUCGCUUUUGUAUGCCGGCUAUGACAAAAGCCUUGGAUUUCAACUAUAUCAUUCGGAUCCAUCUGGAAACUACUCGGCAUGGAAAGCCACGGCGGUUGGAGCGCAAUCUCAAGCGGCCCAGUCAUUCUUGAAAAACGAGUUUUCUGAAGGUCUAUCCCUGGUCGAAGUAAAAGAUCUCGCAUUUAGAACCCUUCGUCAUGUUUUGAUUGGCGACGAAGAAGAGGCCAACAAUGAAGAGGACGAUAUAAAGGCAGGUGAUCCAACCAAUGCUGACACGAUGGACGAACUUGAUCUCUCAGACAUUGUUGCUACCGGUAUGUUUUGGUUUUGA